AUGAGUCCUGGGUUGGGUAAUAUAAAUAAUGUAAAAUUUGAAUUACAUGGUUUUUCUGAUGCAAGUGUUAAGUCGUUUGGGUUUUGUGUUUAUCUUAGAUUUUUUAAUGCUAAUUUUAGUCGUGCCUCUUUAAUAGCCUCGAAGUCUAGGGUUGCCCCAUUAGGCAAGAAUACAAUGCCUCGAUUAGAGCUUUCUGCAACUUUACUUUUAGCAAAGCUAUUAGCAUCUAUUUACGAUCAAUUGAUAUCUAUUUAUAACAUUUCAAAUAUAAUAUAUUGGACUGAUUCAACAAUUUGUUUGCAUUGGAUUUUUCAUACUAAUAAUACCUAUGAACAGUUUGUACAAAAUCGUUUGAAUAAAAUAAGAGAAUUGACUUUAAUUUGUAAUUGGAACUAUAUUGAAUCCUUUAGGAAUCCUGCAGAUAUAAUAUCACGAGGAUCUUCGCUUAAGAAAUUAAAUAAUAAUGAACUUUGGUUUUAUGGACCCAAUUUUUUAAAUGAUAAAAUACUAAAUGGCCAUAUUAUGAACAUGUAUUUACUUCGAGUAACAUCGUGGAUUCUUCGGUUUAUCAAUAAUGCGAAAGAUAAAAAGAAGAACAUCUUCAAGACUGGUUUAAUUACAGCUGAAGAAAUAGAUAAUGCAAAGCGAUUGUGGAUUAAAUUUUCACAGAUAAAUCUAAUCGAUGAGAAUAAAUUUAAACAAUUACGAAAAGAUUUACGUUUAUUUCUUGUCAAGCACAAUGGUGUGAAAGAAACAAUUGAUGCUUUAAGAUCCCAGUAUUGGAUACCUUGUUGUAGGCAAUUAGCAAAGAGCGUUAUACGAGAAUGUACAACUUGUCGACGUAUAGAGGGUAGGCCUUAUUCAUACCCACCUGCUCCACCUUUGCCUGAAAGUCGUUUAAAUUCUGAUUUCGCCUUUAAAAGUAUUGCUUUGGAUUAUGCUGGUCCGUUGUAUAUUAAAGAUAUUUAUGGCGAUUGUACGCUGAAUAAAGCAUGGAUUUUCUUAUUUACAUGUUGCAGUAGUCGUUCGAUUUUAUUAGACUUAAUAGCUGACUGUUCAUCUAGAUCAUGCAUUAUGGGUAUCCGUAGAUUUAUUGGAAGACGGGGUGUUCCAGAAACUAUUUAUUCAGACAAUGGUUCACAAUUUGUUUCAACUGAAACUCAGUACUUUGCUGCAAACCAUUCUAUAAAAUGGAAGUUUAAUGCGCCUUCGGCACCAUGGUGGGGAGGGAUGUUUGAGCGACUAGUACGAAUGACUAAAAGAUGUUUGAAGAAAGCCUUAAAGAAUUCGAAGUCUUCUUAUGAAGAAGUACGAACGUUGCUUUCUGAAAUUGAAAUGGUAUUAAAUAACCGACCAUUAACUUAUUUGUAUAACAAUCAAGGUGAUGAAGCACUCACACCUAAUCACUUAGUUUUUGGACAUAAGCUUAAGCUUGAAUCAAGUCUUAGUGCUUGUAACGAUAUAGAACAAGAUGUGCAUAUACGAAACAGUAUGUUAUCGAAUACAUUGAAUCAUUUUAGAAGUAGAUUCAAAAGUGAGUACUUGACAGAGUUGCGUGAAUAUCAUAAAUCAAAGCGGAGUAAUGGAUGUAAUGGUAUUCGUGUUAAUGACAUUGGGGGCCAUCCAUAA